AGGCCUAUUAUUCAUCUCCGCCUCUCUCGAUAAUUUCGUCUGUGUCGGCUCUAGGGUUUCCAGAAGAACUUCGAUUUUUUUGCGAUUCAAUCAAUUUUUUCUAUUGUAUCGCGCCAAAUCGAUCCAAGAUCUAAACGCUACUCAUCUAUUUUUACGAUUUGUUUUUGUGUUUUCGUGAAAGAGAGGAGGGGGAAUUUCAGAUCUGAAAUCGAAAAGGGGUUGUACUUCUGUGUGUAUUGAGGAUGUCUCGGUGCUUCCCAUACCCACCACCUGGCUAUUCGCUGAAUACAGCAGCCAAUAAUGAAGCCUUGAUCGAAUCGAUUAAGCUCCAAAGGGAGAGGGAGAUAGCUAAAGCAGAAAAGAAGAAGGAGAAGAAGAGGGAAAAGAAAGAAAAGAGAAGAGAAGAGAAGAAGGCAAAGAAGGAGUCAAGUAAUCCUGGAUUUGACAAAGCCACUCAUGAGUCCAAAGGAAUGUACUUGUUUAAAUGUCUAGAAGACGAAGCUGAACAGUUGGAGAGGGAAAAGAAAGAAAAGAAACAGAAGAGAAGAGAAGAGAAGAAGGCAAAGAAGGAGUCAAGUAAUCCUGGAUUUGACAAAGCCACUCAUGAGUCCAAAGGAAUGUACUUGUUUAAAUGUCUAGAAGACGAAGCUGAACAGUUGGAGAGGGAAAAGAAAGAAAAGAAACAGAAGAGAAGAGAAGAGAAGAAGGCAAAGAAGGAGUCAAGUAAUCCUGGAUUUGACAAAGCCACUCAUGAGUCCAAAGGAAUGUACUUGUUUAAAUGUCUAGAAGACGAAGCUGAACAGUUGGAGAGGGAAAAGAAAGAAAAGAAACAGAAGAGAAGAGAAGAGAAGAAGGCAAAGAAGGAGUCAAGUAAUCCUGGAUUUGACAAAGCCACUCAUGAGUCCAAAGGAAUGUACUUGUUUAAAUGUCUAGAAGACGAAGCUGAACAGUUGGAGAGGAGCAAUCUCACUGAGGAACAUGGACAGGCUGUGUGCUCACAGAAUUCCAGCUGCUCAUCUGACAGCACCCAGAAUAGCAAUAAAAGGAAGAGGCCUGCCUCACCUUCACAUGGCAACAUACAGGCACACGGUAGCAUUAUCCGCAUUCGGUUGUCUAAAAAGGAUGGGCAAGGUAAGACAUCAACUGCCAAGGAGAAGCAGUUGCGAAAACCAGCCCAAAAAGAUGUAGAAGUUACAGUCAGGACAAGUGUAGAGAGAGCCAAUCCUUUGCUGAAAGCAACCAACAAUCAAGGUUGUCCGUCCCCAUCAGUUUUAGAGCCAAGUCCAUCCACGUCUGGGUGGAGAGACUGUGUUGCUGUAGACAAGGCGGCAACUGCAUCAUGCUCCAAAGCGCAUGAGAACAGCAUAGAAUUUCAGUACAGGAAUUUGAUAGAGAACUGGCUUCCACCAAGUCUUCAAACUGAGCAUCUUGACGUUGACGAUGAAGCAUGGCUGUUUCAAAGAAAACCUAAGCAUACUCGAGUUGGAGAAAAAAGUGCAGUCAGCAAAGAAGUCAGCAAUGAUUCAACAUGUGGAAGCUCUGCAUUAUGGCCACGGGCGCAAUACAUUCAUGAUGCUGAGUUGUAUGCAUUGCCCUUCACAGUUCCCUUUUGAGUCAUUUCUAACUGUGUAUAGUUAGGUUUUAGCUCGAUAUACUGCCCAGGGAAUUUUGUAGCUCUUCUCUGGGAAGCAGCUGUGGUUUAGCCUGGAAUUUAGGCACACAUAACAACUUUAAUUCUUUUUACUUUCUUCAGCGAGUUACAUCACUUUCUUAGAGUUCUUUGUGCUGGUUGUCUCAUUUUAUGUACUCACUGGCUUUUACUACAGAGCAUUUGUAAAUGAAGUUAAAAAAAGAAAAGAAAAUAUGGACACAUUUAUUAAUGGUGA